AUGACCGCCGAGGCCAGCUACCGACUGCCCCCGCUCCGCUCAAGCUUUGAUACUGCAAUAGAUUCCAUGCUUACUGAGCAAAACGAUAAUGAUACGAGUGAGGAUUCACUAGGAGAAGGUUUCAGGUGGUCUCAUGCAGCAGUGUUACUUUUAUUAGAAGAAUACAGGUUGUGCGAAAAAAAUAUGUCUUCUGGGAAGAUAACACAAAAGAGAGCAUGGGAUCAAAUAUCAAAAGAAAUGAUCGGAAAAGGAUAUUUUGUAACUGGCAAGAAAUGCAGCACUCGCAUAAACACAAUGAAGCGCACGUACAAAGUAGUAGAAGAUCACAAUGGAAAAUCCGGUAACAAUAAACGGACAUGGCCAUAUUAUGACAUAAUGGAAAGUCUUCUUGGUAAAAAGCCGUACAUGGCACCUCUAUCAACCUUAUCAUCUAGUGGUGCGGAAACGUGUAAUAGCAGUUGUAGCAGCCCUAUCCCCUGUACCGUGGCGGCGGAUGAUAAUAAUCACAUUCUUCGUAAGUCACUGAGCUAUUUAUUAAAGAUGAAAAACCAGUUGCAUUAUUUCAGCUUCAAACGAGAUUUCUAA